CCUUCACAAAAUUCUUAUCUUUUGCUCCCAAUCUCUAGAUUCUGUUCCACAAAAUUUUAUUUAGAUUCACAACCUCCACACACUUCCAAAGCAAAGAGAGAAAAAGACAUCAAGAACCCUAAAAUAAAAACCAGAAAAUCCAAAAGUUUCUUCUUCCUCUUCUUGCUUAGCACUCUUGUUCUUGAAAUUAGGGCUAAAUUCCUUUUCCACUCAAAUCAAUUCUCCAGACCCUAGAGAAAAAAACCUCACAAAAGAUCAGAUCUUUUCUAAGAAAAAUAGAUACCCAACUCAUGUUUUUGUGUGUCUGUAUAUAGAUAAACAUUACAUACCCAUAUUUGUGUGUAAAAAUACAUAUAGAGAUAUAAAAGAGGAAAUUUAGGUAACAAAAAAAUGGGAAGGGGAAGAGUAGAGCUGAAGAGGAUAGAGAACAAAAUCAACAGACAAGUGACGUUUGCAAAGCGUAGGAACGGUUUGUUGAAGAAAGCUUAUGAAUUGUCUGUUCUUUGCGAUGCUGAGGUUGCUCUUAUCAUCUUCUCCAAUCGUGGAAAGCUCUAUGAGUUUUGCAGCUCCUCAAACAUGAUCAAGACACUAGACCGGUACCAGAAGUGCAGUUAUGGCUCCAUCGAAGUCAACAACAAACCUGCCAAAGAACUUGAGAACAGCUACAGAGAGUAUCUGAAGCUUAAGGGUAGAUAUGAGAACCUUCAGCGUCAACAAAGAAACCUUCUUGGGGAGGAUUUAGGACCUCUGAAUUCAAAGGAAUUAGAGCAGCUUGAGCGUCAACUAGACGGCUCUCUCAAGCAAGUUCGCUCCAUCAAGACACAGUACAUGCUUGACCAGCUCUCUGAUCUUCAAAGCAAAGAGCAGAUGUUGCUUGAAACCAAUAGAGCUUUGUCAAUGAAGCUGGAUGAUAUGAUUGGUGUGAGAAGCCAUCAUAUGGGAGGAGGAGGAUGGGAAGGAAAUGAACAGAACGUUUCCUACGCGCAUCAUCAAGCUCAGUCUCAGGGACUAUACCAGCCUCUUGAAUGCAAUGCAACUCUGCAGAUAGGGUAUGACAAUCCGGUAGGCUCGGAGCAGAUAACUGCGACAACACAAGCUCAGGCGCAGCAUGGAAACGGUUACAUUCCAGGCUGGAUGCUCUGAGAGUCAUGUGAUCAUUCUAAUGCUGUGAUCAAAGUCA